UUGUGGUUCCCGUGGGAUCCGCAGUCUCUCCACCGGCACUAAGAUAGCGUUUUGGCGAUGGUUCUCGACAAUUCGACCGGGCGUUGGGUCGCUGUGUCGCGCACGCGCGCCUUGUUUCCGCCAGACAAUGGGAAUGGACACCGAAGCACAUGGAACACCGGGUUGGUCAAUGAUGAUUCCGGCACUCCAGACAGGGAACGGGUGAUUGAGGGAUGGAGACGGGAAGAGAGAGAGAAAGCAGGAGAAAAAGAAAAGUGGGAAGUGGAUAGUGAAGUCACAGAGAGGAAAUGGUGAGGGGCAACACGAACACUUUCGUUUUAGUCUCAUUUGAUGGGAAGCGGAAAGCUUGAAAGAUAAACCAAAAAUACCAUCACCAACUUUCAUCUUCAAUUCCUCACAUCUUUACCCCCUCCCCCUUCGACUUUCCACUUUCACCACCACUACACACCAUUACACUACUAACUAUUCACCUCCCUUUCCCUUCCAGCCCCCCAGCUACUCUCAUUAUAUUACCUCGCGGCCUCCUAUCAUUCCCCCUCAAUUGACUCAUCUCAUCCUCGAUCCAUCUUCAAAGCGGGGCACACUCCUUUCGCUCUGCUCUCCAUUGCAUUAUCUCUUCCCCCCCCUCCUUUUCCAAUGGCUGCCAACGGCUCUUCUUCGGAAGGCGAUCACCGCCUGUUGAUCGUUUCCAAUCGUCUGCCCAUCACCAUUCGUCGCUCCGGGGGUGGGAAAUAUGAGUUUUCCAUGUCCUCUGGUGGCCUGGUGACUGGUUUGAGCGGACUAUCAAAGACCACAACCUUCCAGUGGUAUGGCUGGCCAGGACUGGAAGUGCCCGAGGAUGAGAUCGACUCCGUGAAACAGCGUUUGCAGGAAGAGUUCAACGCCACCCCGGUGUUCAUGGACGACAAACUGGCAGAUCGCCACUACAAUGGCUUCUCAAACUCAAUCUUGUGGCCUCUUCUGCAUUAUCAUCCCGGUGAAAUUGUUUUUGACGAAGCUGCCUGGGAUGCGUAUCGUGAGGCGAACCGUCUGUUCGCAAAGACUAUCGCCCAUGAGGCCCGGGAAGGAGACCUUGUCUGGGUCCACGACUAUCACCUCAUGCUUCUUCCGGAAGUUCUCCGCGAAGAACUCGCAGCCUUGGGCAAGAACAAUAUCCGCAUUGGAUUUUUCUUGCAUACUCCAUUCCCGAGCAGUGAGAUCUAUAGAAUCCUUCCUGUGCGGAGUCAGUUGCUGCGCGGCGUGUUGCAGUGUGACUUGAUCGGAUUCCAUACCUAUGACUAUGCGCGUCACUUCCUGAGCUGUUGCUCUCAUAUCCUUGGAUUGGUCACAACCCCAAGCAGUGUCAAAUUCAAAGACAGGUCUGUCGCCGUGGGAGCUUUCCCCAUCGGCAUUGAUCCCGACAAGUUCACCGAGGGCCUAAAGAGCCCCAAGGUGCAGAACCGCAUCGCAAGUCUCGAGAACAAGUUCCAAGGAACCAAGUUGAUGGUCAGCGUUGAUCGCCUGGACUACAUCAAGGGUAUUCCCCAGAAGCUGCAUGCCUUGGAGGUCUUCCUCUCCCAGCAUCCUGAAUGGGUGGGCAAAGUCGUGCUGGUACAGGUAGCUGUCCCGAGUCGUCAGGAUGUUGAAGAGUAUCAAAACCUGAGGGCCGUGGUGAACGAGCUGGUGGGCAGAAUCAACGGAAAGUUCGGAACGGUCGACUACAUGCCCAUCCACUUCAUGCACAAAUCGGUGAGCUUUGAUGAGCUCAUCGCGCUGUAUGCCGCCUCCGACGCGUGUGUCGUGUCGUCGACUCGCGACGGGAUGAACCUAGUGUCGUUCGAAUACGUUGCAACACAGCAGAAACGCAAGGGGGUGCUAAUUCUGUCGGAGUUUGCUGGAGCCGCGCAAAGCCUUAACGGCAGCAUUGUAGUCAACCCGUGGAACACGGAAGAACUUGCCAGCGCAUACCACGAGGCCGUGUCGAUGAGUGACGAUCUGCGGGCCCAAAAAUUCGAAAAGCUCUACAAAUACAUCUCCAAGUACACCAGUGCUUUCUGGGGCAAGUCAUUUGUUGCCGAACUAUCCAAGUGUUCAACCUGAUUAUGUUAUGACUGCAGCUUUUUCCUUGUUCUUUUCACCUCCUUCCUUCAUUCACUCAUUCAGCAUUUACUGUUCAUAUUCUCUUUGGCGAACACAAGCACGGCGAACAUAGUUUCUGGGCAUAGCGAUCUUCUAAUCCAUAGAUUAAGUAUCAAUUCGGCAAGCGACAGAGCAUAAUAAAGAUACCGCUUAAUGCAAGGCAAGACACC